CGUUUUAAUAUUAAUUAGCGAGUAAGCUUAUACCUUAGUGCAUCGAUACGAAGUACGUUUGACGCAUUGUUUUAACAAACCUCAAUUUUUACGGUAUUUUUUCGAUCGAAUGUAAUUACCAACAAUCCGUAUUUUUUCCAUGCGCCAAAGUAAAUUCGUACCGAUCCCGCAUUAAACAUAUAGAACAUAUUUCCUCUGUUCGUGUUUGAUGUUCGAUUUGCACAAAAGAGAAGAAGAAAAAAAAAUAAAAAAUAACCUAGCGUCGGCGUUUGUUAGUAUAAAAAUAUUUGACCCGCUUACUGUAUUUAACGAGAUAUAUACAUAAAUAUCUAAUAUAUACCCUCGGUAACAACUUUUCUCUACGUACUGGAAAGUGCGGAAUUACUUUCGUAUCGAUCCACGAGUUUUAUAUACCGUGUGUGGAGGUAGUCAAGUUUUACCUGGCAUGAAUCGAUACCGUAAUAAUCCAGAGCGUACCCGAGAAGGAGGUUACCACAGUUCGAUGCGGUGCCACACGCGAUAAAGAGAAAAAAAAAUUUUAAAUAAGAAAAAAAAAACCAAUAAUGAAAAAACAAAUAAAAAUAAUCGACAAUUUUCGAAACGCGGGAACGUAGAAACAUUACUACGUGAGAUACUUGCGGAUCGUACGGAAUAUCCAAAGGUGGAAAAAGAAGUCCUGACCAAUUAAGCCCACCUCGUAUCUCGAAAGGCUGAAGACUUUCCGGAAACGGGUCAACUUUUUGGAUUUAAAAUUGGAAACAUCGUUAAUCGAUGAUCGGGCUUCGACUCGCCUAGGGGGUGUGAAACUCCCGUGGUUUCUAGGUGAAAGAGGUAGGGUGGGUGUGACGUCACUGCAGUAUGCCACAACACUGCGCAGGUAAUAUUGAUUCGUGCGCGGAGUUUUGUUCGCGCAGCGGGCGUGAGGACGAGGGGUGUGCGUGAUCCGCGAUCGGGUUGGAAGUACACCGAGUGCGGAAUCGGGGUUUCGCCUGGAGGAUAUCUGCGAGAGGGAGCGAGGGAGCGGGGCAGUUUCGACCUAACCAUCCGAGGGUGAGCGGGUUCGAUGGAUCGCGAGAGUGCCGAGGCGUGAGUCGCUCCCGCCCCGAAUAAGCCCGAUAUCGUCACACCGUACGAAUUGGAUAAGCGCGCCGAGUCCUGACUCCAGGAUGCCGAAGCCGGUGCCCGUCGAGGAUCUCGUAAUACCGCCGCAGGACGGCCGGAUAUGCGGCACGAUAUGCAUCUGCCAGAUGACGGCGGUUCUCUCCUCGGUCGCCCUGGUCUACCUGACCGUCGCCAUAUACAUGCCGAGCACGAGGGCGUUCCAGUCGGGCAUCAGCGAGGUGCCGGUUAUGUGCACGACUACAAGGGCCGUCAACAAGGACGGCUGCGAUUGGGGAAGCUGCGGCGAGUGGUGCCUCUCCAAGACCUCGGGUGCCUGCAUCCAGAUAUACGUGAACCUCAGGAGGAACGGGUCGAGCAUCGUCCUGGCCAACUGCACCAACACCGCGAACAAGACGUGCUACGGCAUCGAUCAGGAGAACGCCAAGAAGUCGCGGUGCAUAGCCGACGAGUGCAGGAACCUGACGGGCACCUUCAACUGCACCAUGGGGAUGUGCAUCAACAUCACCGACGCCUUCGAGUGCAUGUUCCACGACACCGAUCCGGCACUGAAGUGCUCCGGACGCCGGGGGAAGAUCACGUGCAUCGACAUCGACGGACUCUUCAGCUGCAACCGGGGAACCUGCGAGCGGAUAAGGACGCCGUACAACUGCGACAGACGUUGCGUCGACAUUCCGACGAGGAACAAGAACAUGAUACUCCUCAGCGGCGACAAGGUUUACCUCAGUCAGUGCGAACGGGCGAUCGACGCCGACACGGGGAGGGAGAUUUGGAACGAGGAACGGGGCGACGUUAUGAUGGCCUCGUGCUACGGGAUAUACAACACCAGCACCGGCGUCGAGGCGGUCGACUGCAUAAACGGGUCCGUACUCGAGAAGAGCAUGCUCACCGACCUGACAAACUUCACCUACCUGUCCUACCUCAACGUGUUCGCGACGAAGCCGCUCGACGAAACUCGGCAGGUGGCGCCACCGGAGCAGGACCUCCUCAUCGCCAACGAGAGCAGACUCCUGAUAAACCUGGAGGGGUGCGUGAACACUUUGAGGGACGAGUGCAAGGAGUUCCUCAGGGAGUACGGGAAGGACGGCACCGACCACAACGCCAGGGCUCGGUUUCCCUGCUUCUACGCCGAGGGGAAUACCGGGAUCGUUGUGUCCAGGUUCAACCUCGAACGGACCUACAAGGAGUUCCUCGUCGCCUUCAUCCUCCCGAGUGUUCUCUUCAUCGUCAGCUGCCUCACCCUGAUACUCUGUCAGCGAACGGUCGUCGUUGGCGACGAUGCGAAAAUGCGGUUCAAGGGAAAACCCGGAGCCGCUCUCGCUUCCCUCGAGAAGAGCGCUUCGGGAAAUUUGGGCGAUGCCGGGGGAGGGGAUUCCGUUAUGGCGCUCUGAGAUCCGGCACGCAUUCCCCUCCUGGAGGAGAGCCCGGCCCGUCAGUCGGUUUUCUCACUGCGUGGGCACUAUUAAGGUGUGGAUAUGGAGGGGAACGCGUGAUUGAAAUUCUGAUCGUUGUACGAAAACGACAAUGUUCUAUCUCUGUGAACGGAAAGAUUCGAGAUGUUCAAAUAACGAGUUAAAUCGAAAGAAUUAAACCGAAAAAAAAGAAUGCAAAAUUAAAUUUUCAAAAAAAAAAAAAAAAA